AUGGCCAUUUCAAAAGUUUAUUUUGUUGGUAUUAUAUCGUUCUUACUUAUUUCUUUUGUCAUAGGAGAAAAUCUCAUAAGUUAUGACAACAAAAAGCUUGUUCCAUCAGGUCCAAACUCAAUGCAAUCACCUCCAUCACCAAAUAAGCCCCAAACACAUAACUAUGAAUUCAAUUAUGAGAUUAAAAGACGUGUUCCAUCUGGUCCAGACCCAAAACAACCACCUCCAUCACCAAAUAAGCCUCAAACACAUAGUUUUAAAUUCAACUAUGAAAUCAAAAGACGUGUUCCAUCAGGUUCAGACCCAAAACAACCACCCCAGUUAAUGGAUAAGCUUACAACACAAUAUUCAGAGUUCAACUAUGAAAUCAAAAGACGUGUUCCAUCAGGUCCAGACCCAAAGCAACCACCCACGUCAAUGGAUAAGGUUUCAACACAAUAUUCUGAAGUCAACAAUGAAAUCAAAAGACGUGUUAUAUCUGGUCCAGACCCAAAACAACCACCUCCGUCAAUGGAUAAGCUUCCAACACAAUAUUCAAAAUUCAACUAUGAAAUCAAACGACGUGUUCCAUCAGGUCCAGACCCAAAGCAACCACCCCCAUCACCAAAUAAGCCUCAAACAUUUAAUUAUAAAUUCAACUAUGAAAUCAAAAGACGUGUACCAUCAGGUCCAGACCCAAAACAACCACCCCCAUCACCAAAUAAGCCUCAAACAUAUAAUUUUGAAUUCAACCUAGAAAUCAAAAGACGUGUUCCAUCAGGUCCAGACCCAAAACAACCACCCCCAUCUCCAAAUAAGCCUCAAACAUAUAAUUCUGAAUUUAACUAUGAAAUCAAAAGACGUGUUCCAUCAGGUCCAGACCCAAAACAACCACCCCCAUCAAUGGAUAAACUUCCCAUACAAUAUUCGAAAUUCAAUUAUGAAAUUAAAAGACGUAUUCCAUCAGGUCCAGAUCCGAAACAACCACCUCCAUCACUAAAUAAACGUUCAACAUAG